GUCGCUCUCCGCUGUGAGGGGAGCGGCUGAGGCAGCGCUCCCGGGCCUCGCUCCUUGCGGGGUUUCUCUCGGAAGCCUGUCGCAGCCGAAAGGCCUCUCUCGUGUGCUGCAUCCCUGUAGCGCCCUGUGCCUGCUGGGCUGCAUUAGAGCUCCUGGUCGCCGUAGCUCAAGUGUCCUUCGUCAUCCCUUGUGUGUGAAAAUGAGACUAGAGCCUUCGGGUGUGGUGGUGACCACACGACUAAGGGAAGAAGGCUGUUCCGUCACGUGAAGUAUUCAUCAUCAUCAGUUGAAAUGUCUUCCAGCAAAACUCCGAAUGAAAAUGAAACGCCCAAAGAGAGAAAUCCAGGACUGAGGGCUGUCCGGACAACCAGUCUGUUCCGAGCUGUAAACCCAGAGCUUUUCAUUAAACCCAACAAACCUGUGAUGGCAUUUGGACUCGUAACAAUUACCCUCUGCGUGGCCUACCUUGGUUAUUUGCAUGCUACAGUAGAGAAUAAAAAGGAUCUCUAUGAAGCGGUUGACAGUGAGGGGUCCAGAUAUAUGAGGAGAAAAACUUCCAAGUGGGACUGAUGACAUAAGGAAGAAAAUAAGCAAAUCAGCCACAGAACUCAAGGCUGAAAACUACUGUUUUUCCUCUGUCUGUUAAAAUCAUGGUUAAGUCUUUCUUGUGCCUUUUAAUCCAGUAUAAAUUUCAUUAUAAAAUACCAUGGCUGUACAAAUAAAUUGUAAUUAAGAUACAUACAAACAUAAAAUUGAUUUUAAGGAU